UAAAAACCCAAAUUCACCGAUUCAGUCAUUAACUCAACACAAAAGAAAAGCUAAAACCCCAAAAUCUCUCGAUCUCGCACGCAGAACGCAAGCAAGCAAUCUCAGCGAGAGGAAGGUACUGCUACUACAAUGGCGUCUUCGUCUAGCAGCGGACUGACUUUCAAGCUACACCCGCUCGUAAUAGUCAACAUAUCCGAUCACUACACUCGUGUCAAGUCUCAGACCAACGGCUGCAGCGAUGGAGGCUCUGCUUCCCCCCCUCCCAGAGUAUACGGUUGCGUGAUUGGAGUACAGAGAGGACGCACCGUCGAGAUCUUCAACAGCUUCGAGCUUCUUUACGAUCCCGUCACUCACUCCCUCGACCGCGCUUUCAUCGAAAAGAAGCAAGAACUCUAUAAGAAGGUAUUCCCACACUUUUACAUAUUGGGAUGGUACUCUACUGGAAGCGAUGCUGAGGAAUCUGAUAUGCAUAUUCAUAAAGCUCUGAUGGAUAUUAAUGAAAGCCCUGUUUAUGUUCUGCUCAAUCCCUCUAUCAAUCCUGCUCAAAAGGAUUUGCCUGUUACUAUUUACGAGAGUGAGCUGCAUGUCAUCGAUGGAAUUCCACAGCUUAUUUUUGUUUGUUCAAGUUACACCAUUGAGACGGUGGAAGCUGAACGGAUCUCAGUUGAUCAUGUUGCUCAUCUUAAGCCAUCCGAUGGAGGUUCUGCAGCUACACAAUUGGCUGCUCACCUUACAGGCAUACAUAGUGCUAUAAAGAUGUUGAAUAGCAGAAUCAGGGUGCUUCAUCACUACCUUGUCGCAAUGCAGAAAGGUGAAAUUCCUUGUGAGAACUCAUUGCUGAGACAAGUAUCAAGUCUUUUAAGGAGAUUGCCAGCCAUUGAAUCAGAAAAAUUUCAAGAUGAUUUCUUGAUGGAAUACAAUGACACGCUAUUGAUCGCCUACUUAGCCAUGUUCACCAACUGCUCAAGCACGAUGAAUGAGCUAGUGGACAAAUUCAACACUGCCUAUGACAGGCACAGUCGAAGGGGUGGACGAACUGCUUUCAUCUGAAAGCUACUUGCUCUCUAAUGGCAGUUUUUAUCAAGACUUGAUAACCAUUUAAGAAUUGAGUGAUGCCGUUUUGUUUUCAUGUGCAUAGCACAUAGAAGCUUUAGGAAUUAUAUCUGCCAGAAAAUGAAACAUUCAGAAAGAAAAAUAUAAAUGUAUCAGAUUUUUCUUUGCUUUC